GGACGUGCCCCGAUUGCUUUUCACGCUAUCCAAUGAAAUCGUUGACAUUCGACUUUCGACUUUCUUGCCAGCGCCUAAUCUGAGUCAGCUCCGGCGCCAAAAACCUGACCUUUGCGCCACACCCACCUGACCUUUGCGCCUGACCCGCCAUUCGUCGUACUCGUCACUGUCAUGUGCAUGCGGUUCUAGUGCUAGUCAUCACUGCUGUACACUGCCUCCGCCUCACUAACUCCUUCAUCCCUCAUUUCAUCACUGCUACCUGCCUCAACCGCCGACUUGACAGCCUGCCGCCAGAACACAGAUGCACGCGUGCCCAUACCCUCCAUGCUGGACUUCAGCUCGCGAAUGCGAGCUCCUUCCCGCCCCUUCAGCUUCUGGUGAGCUAGAACCUGCGUGCUUGCCCCUGCCAAGCGUGGUUGUAUGGCCCUCACCCCCGCACCAACCGCAUAUGUCUGCUGCUGGUGCUGCAGGCUCGGCUUCUGACGGGCUGCACUCGCUUAGCAGAAUGUGGGCACCAACAUGGCUACGCAUUUCCGCCAACGGCACGCGGCGGCUGCAGCCCGGCACCCGGCAGGCCAGGGCAAGUUUCCCUGCAGCCUGACCUGGUGCGUUAGCUGCAGGGAUGUCUGGAUGUUGGGGCCAGAAGGGUCUGGCGCGAAGGGGCCAGUCGCUUCCAGCACGGUAGGGAAAGGCUCCUGUCACUGGCACCUCCGGCAACGGCUCAGGCGCGCUUGCUUUCGCUGCUGAAAACAAAGCGCGCAAGGAGUCCAGGUGCAUUCACAGCUCGACGCCAGCAUGGCUGGCCGACACGUCCGGGAGUGGAUGCCGGCAUCUAAGCCAGCGCGCUGCAAUCAGGCUGAAGGCACCUCUUCAAAUCGUCUCAGCCGACAGAGCGCGCGCUGCACUUCUCUCCGGCCGGUACUCCGCACUCCCCUGGCUGAGCCAGAGGCCCCCUGCGCGGCCUCAGCAGCAAACGAAAGGAAGGCUGGAGGCCGUCCCCUUGGCAACGCGGAGUUUCCCCGCAAAGCGGCCACCUUGCAUAUUUAAGGCACGACAUGGCAGCGGGAGAAGUUGUGGCGGCGGCUGGGACUGCAAGCUCUGACACAGGAAGCCUGCUCACUGCUACACAGAAGCUUUGCAAGUGUGCGCUAGCAACACAGGAUCUUGUUUAGCUACGGAACGAGUAACUAAGCAAUAGCCAAUAGCGGACUCUGUGUAACUCGUUAAGUAGUGUGUGUAUAUGUCAGAGCGCGCGUGGGAGACCAUGGAGUGCAUCGAAGUUCGGAAGGGUUGGUAAUCAACCCCAGAACCCAGAUACAAACGAUGGUGCAGCGUGAAAUAGGCGACGAUGUUGUGGGCGCGGGGCGGUGGGCGAGGUGGGUUGCGGUGUAGGAGUUGCUGUUGCUGGUGGAAGUGGGGGUGCAUGAACACAGGCUAGUGGACAAGAGGAGUAUGCAGAGGUGCAAGCACCUCCCUUGACUUGCGCUCGUUGCAGAGGACAAUGAAUGUAAUGAGGCUGGAAA